CCGAAUUUAUCAUUGGAACGUGCUCACAGAACACCUACACGUGCUCUUCUCCAGAGUUUAUUGUGGCGCUGCCGGGCAUGUGCUUGCUGUGCGUGAUUUGUAGUAGCAGCGUGCUUCAAAUCUUCGAAAGUGUUGCUAAUUCACGACGCUGAAACAUUCUGAGCGUUGUUCGCAUUCGGCGGCGAUGGAUGUCGAGAAAAUCCCUCACCGAUUUGUGGACGGCAUCAGCUUCAGCGUGUUCAGCACCGAGGAGCUGCUGCGGCAAGGCGUGCUCGAAGUGACCUGCGCUGAAACGUUCGACAUCGUCGGGCACCCGACGAAAGGCGGCCUCCACGAUGCCCUGCUUGGGCCCAGUGACCGUGACGAAGUGUGUGCCACCUGUGGCCUGGGCUUCACCCACUGCCCUGGUCACAUUGGUUACAUCAGGUUGCCCCUGCUGGUGUUCAACCCGGUCUUCCUCAGGACUCUGUAUCAGUUGCUCCGAGGGAGCUGCUUCUCCUGCCAUCGUUUGCUGUCGCCACCAGUUGCUUGCCAGGUGACGCUGGCACAACUGCAGGUGCUCCAGUACGGCGCAGUUGGUGCAGUGCAAGAACUGGAGGACCUUGCCAACGAGACCCUGGCCGGCGACGACGACGACGACAAAGGUCGGCUCGCUCAUGGUGGAGCCAUUAGGGCCACAGUUCAGCGACGCAUCAAGCAGUGUGUGGCAUCGGUCGUUGAUGGUGUUGGCGACAUGGAAGAGGCUCGUCGGGCAGCAGGUGUGAAGAAUGUUGUGGAGUGUAGGCAACGCAUCGUGAAGACGUUCAUCCGUGAGCACCUCAUGGGAGCGCCGCGCAAAUGCCCGCAUUGCGGUGAACUGCGUCGGGCCAUGACCAUCCAGAACAACAGCCGCUUCGUCUACACCAGCAAAAUUCGACCGGUUGGGAAAGCACCUGCCCUGUCUGUGACGUUUAGGCGCACGCACGAUGGCUUUGAAGAAGAGGACGAAGUUGUGGCCGUAGAAGAAGAGCGCCAGGCCCAGCAGAAGAAGGCUGAGGAGGAUGCAGUGACUGGCGCCCUGUCGUACUUGACUCCCGUGGAGGCUCGUGCCCACCUGCGGGAGCUGUGGACCAAAGAGCGGUCGCUGCUGCAGAACCUGUUUGGCAUCCUGGCCCUCGCAUCUAGCUCACACGAGAGCCCUGUCGACAUGUUUUUCCUUGAGGCCCUGGUUGUCCCUCCAACACGGUUUCGCCCAAUGAACUUCAUGAAUGGCCGCAAGUACGAAAAUGCGCAGACGGUGAGUCUGUCGCGGGUGCUGCAGUGCUGCGACAGCCUGCGGGCCGUGCUCAAGCUGCUUGCACGCAGAGGCACCAAUAAGUCAGAGCCGCCCGAAGAUCAGAUGGAGAUAGAACGGCUCGAGCAACUAGUGAGCAAAGUGAUGGGCAAGGACUUGGAUGCCAAGAUGCACUUUGCAUGGAAUGCACUGCAAGUGGCGGUCAACGUCGUCGUGGACAGUGAGCUGGAUCGGCUCAACACCAACAAGGGCACACCGGGCAUUAAGCAGAUUCUGGAAAAAAAAGAAGGACUGUUCCGCAAGCACAUGAUGGGUAAGCGUGUCAACUAUGCGGCACGCUCGGUGAUCUCGCCAGAUCCGUACAUCGAUGUCGAGGAGAUUGGUGUGCCCAUGGUGUUUGCCACCAAGCUGUCCUACCCGGAGCCCGUCACUGAGCGCAACAUAGCAGAGUUGAGAAGAGCAGUCAUCAAUGGACCGGAUGUUUACCCUGGAGCUCUGCUGGUGGAACGAGAGGAUGGUGGGGUGAUCCGAUUGGACCCGACCAAUCGCACGCGGCGGGAAGCGGUGGCCAAGCAGCUGCUUACUCCGACCGAGGCCCCCCAACACAUAUUUGCACGCUCCAAGAUUGUGCACCGGCAUUUGCGGCAAGGCGACAUGCUGCUACUCAACCGGCAGCCAACUUUGCACAAGCCCAGCAUCAUGGCUCACAGGGCACGUGUGCUGCCAGGGGAGCGCACCCUACGGCUGCACUACGCAAACUGCAAGUGCUACAAUGCCGACUUUGACGGCGACGAGAUGAAUGCGCACCUGCCCCAGAGUCCCCUGGCACAGGCCGAGGCCUCCGAGGUAGCCAGCGUCAACCGGCAGUACCUGGUGCCCAAGGACGGCACACCGCUCAGCGGCCUCAUCCAAGACCACGUCAUUGGGGGAUCCCUGCUCACCAUGCAGGGACGCUUCUUCACCAGAGAGGACUACAACCAGCUCGUGUUCGGAGCCCUGACUUUUGUCAAGACUGGCAUCAAGCUCCUACCGCCGGCCAUCCAAAAACCAGAGACGCUGUGGACAGGCAAGCAGGUGCUGUCAACUGUGCUACUCAACUGCAUACCGCAUGGCAAGCCCCCUCCUACAGUUGAAGGCAAAGCCAAAAUUCCAGCCAAGGCAUGGCUAAAGGGUGGCGAAACAGAGGCCAUCAUGAAUGAAGGCAAUGUGGUCAUUCGAGAUGGCGAGCUUCUCUGCGGCAUCCUCGACAAGGCCAACUAUGGUCCGACCCAGUUUGGUCUGGUUCAUGUCUGCUACGAGCUGUACGGAGGUGCGGUAUCCAGCUUGGUGCUGAGUGCCUUUGCGAGGCUUUUCACGCACUACCUACAGAUUUUUUCUGGCUUCACGCUUGGCAUUGAAGACAUCCUGGUCACCGACAAAGCCGACAGGAAACGCAAACGCAUCAUGAAGAAGGCCAAGAUGCAAGGCGAGGGGGUAGCUGUCAAGGCCCUUGGUCUUGAGAAUGAGGACGAGCUGGAUGCUGUCUUGCUGGAGGACAGGCUGAGGGCAGCGCACGUGGCGCGUAACGACAGACAGAUGAAGCAGCUCGAUUCCAGCAUGAAGUCGGUCACCGACGAUGUCAACAAUCGGAUCAACAGGGCCUGCAUUCCAGAUGGCCUGCUGAAAAAGUUUCCCAGUAACAACCUACAGCUGAUGGUGCAGUCUGGGGCAAAGGGAGGAAUGGUGAACUGCAUGCAGAUCUCGUGCUUGCUGGGCCAGAUUGAACUGGAGGGGCGCCGGGUGCCACUCAUGCUCAGUGGACGCACGUUGCCAUCUUUUCUACACUACGACACAUCACCACGCGCAGGCGGCUUUGUGGACGGCCGUUUUCUGACGGGAAUCCAGCCGCAGGAAUAUUUCUUUCACUGCAUGGCUGGACGUGAGGGUUUGGUAGAUACGGCUGUGAAGACCAGCCGCAGUGGCUACCUGCAACGUUGCCUCAUCAAGCACCUGGAGGGGCUUAUGGUGUGCUAUGAUCAGACGGUCAGGGACAGCGAUGGAAGUGUCAUACAGUUCCAGUAUGGAGAAGACGGCCUGGAUGUGCUGAAGAUGCAGAUGCUAAAGCCGAGCCAGUUUCCCGUGCUCAUCAAAAACAGCCGAGCAGUCAUAAACAUGAACGACAUUGUGCAGUGCGAACGGGCCACUGACCACGACGAACUGCACAGGUUAAAAAGAGCGGUGCGCAAGUGGAGAAAGAAAACGGACAAAGAUGUUGAAAGUGAAUCACGCAGGCAGAGUGCCUUCACCCUUUUCUCUAGAACAAAAGGGUUGCUAGUGCGUGAUGAGCACUUGAAGUUCUUCCACCAAGCAACUUCUGAGACAGCUCGCCAGGCUAUAUUGGAGGCCUACUUCAACCUCGAUGAACGGACACAUCACAAACUCAACAAAUUCAUUGUGAAGCGUGCAGACCCAGUCUGUUCGAAGCUGCGGAGUGACGUCCAUCUCGGAGCUGUGUCUGAACGGCUGGACACAUUAAUUGAAGACUACAUUGAGAGAAAUCCUCAUGGCCUGCUCUUGGCUGAUAAAUCGCAAAAAGGGAAAGACAUGGAAAAGAACACUGUCACCGCGGAUGAGUUCCGGAAACUGGUUUACAUGCGUAACAUGAAAGCCAUCUGUGACCCGGGGGAACCAGUGGGUCUGCUAGCUGCUCAGAGCAUUGGUGAGCCGUCGACACAGAUGACGCUGAACACAUUUCACUUUGCGGGUCGAGGUGAGAUGAACGUGACUCUGGGAAUCCCGCGGAUGAGGGAGAUCCUCAUGGUAGCCAGUGCUAACAUUGCCACGCCUACCAUGGACCUACAUUUGCUACAGCAGCCAAACAUUGAGCAGUGCGCUGAGGAGCUUCGGGUCAAAAUCACCUCCGUCAACCUCUCACAGGUGCUCGAGGAUGUGUCUGUCAAAGAGAUGCUGCACGUCAAGGGACGGUUGGAACGGUACCGCAGGUAUCAGGUCCACUUUACCUUUUUGCCUUGGCGAGCGUACCGCAAGAAGUUGCAGGCGACGCCAGCUCGCAUUCUACGCUACAUGGAGACCACUUUCCUCCGGCGGCUCAUCGAUGCCAUCAAGCGCAAAAUGGAGCAAGUCUCCUCCGAGAGAAUGACACGCACGACGAAAGCACGAGAACGUCGGAGUGAGGAGGCUGGCUCGGCUGAGGACACUGGCCUGACGCCACAGUGUCCAGAUGUCGACGAGGGAGGUGAGAGUUCGGACGAGGGUGAAGGGGACGGCGACACAGUUGCCCGACAGGCUGCUGCCCGCCACGCCCAGGAGCAGGAGUACGAGGAAGCUGAAGAGGAAGAGCGUGUCGCCGCCAUGUCCGACGACGAGAUGGUUGAUGGUGAGGCCGCACCACCUGCUGAGUCUUCUCUGCUGUCAGCCGAAGAAGGCACCAUUUCCAAUGACAUCUUUGUCUCGCUCCAAGAGACUAUUCGGGAUGAGAAGGCUGAGAAGCUGAAGCAAGCCAGGAUUUUUUCGGUGGUGAAGUACAACACGUGGGUUCUGGAGUACGACUACGAUGAUGUCAAGGAAGAGUGGUGUACAUUUACGUUUCAGCUUGAACUGAAAGGAAGCAAAUUCGACUUUGCCUCAAUGGUGGAGGAAGAGUCAGCGAAGGCCAUCUUUCAUUCCGUGCCCAACAUCACACGGGCCUUCCUUGUCAAGGACAUGAAGGACAAGUCCGGCUGCGGGAAGAUGCUCCAGACGGAAGGUGUCAACUUUGUGGAGAUGUUCCGAUAUGGUGAAAUAAUUGAUCUGAAGCGCAUCUACAGUAACGACGUUCAUGCCAUUGCCAACACGUUUGGAAUUGAAGCGGCGAGAACAGCGAUUGCUCGGGAGGUGGCCAACGUGUUUGCUGUCUACGGCAUCGAGGUGGAUCCGAGGCACCUGCUGCUAGUGGCUGACUACAUGACAUUUGAUGGUAGCUACCGUGCAUGCAACCGCAUCGCCAUGGAGAGCAAUGCCUCACCCUUGCAGCAGAUGACCUUCGAGACAACCAUGAACUUUCUCAAGUCGGCUACCCUGGCUGGUACAAAAGACCAACUCAACUCUCCAUCCGCUCGUCUUGUGGUGGGCCGGGUGGUGCCUCUGGGCACAGGUUGCAUGCAGCUGCGGCAGCCCCAGACUGCCAACUUCAAGUUGCACUCUCGUUAGACCCUUUGCUGGACUGGUACCGCGUUCACAGCGAUUUCAGUAAAUGGUCUUUCUGCAUUUGGCACACACAUUUAAUAAACUGUUUUGCUUGUUUA